AUGAGUGGAAGUGGCAGUGGCAAGAGGGGCGCUGCGGCGGAUGUGGAUGAGGGGGACGAGCCUGCGAAGAAGAAGGCCAAGCUCGACUCCGGGUGGUCUUUUGAGGAUCUUGACGGAAGCGAGGGCGAGAUCGACUGCGGGUGCUGCUUCACGCCGUAUCCUUUCAACAAGCUCAUACAGUGCCCGGAGGCUCAUUUAUUCUGCACGGAUUGCAUGACGAACUACGUAUCAAAUCUGCUUGGCAUGCAGGAUCCCAACAUCAAGUGUAUGGACCAGAGUGGGUGUAAGGAACACUUCACUGAAGGGGAGCUGCGCCGGUUCAUGUCUCCGAAACUCCUUGAACUGUACGAGAAGGUACGGAUGCGUAGGGAGAUCGAGAGCGCCCAGCUCGAGGGUCUGGAGGAGUGUCCGUACUGCGAGUAUAAGGUUGUGAUCGAAAGCGCCGAAGAGAAGCUGUUUAGGUGCGAGAAUAAGGAGUGCGGCGCGGUGACUUGUAGGUUCUGUAAGAAGGACGAUCAUUUACCGAAAAGCUGCAAAGAAGUUGAAGACGACAAGAAGAUCGACGCGAGGCAUGCCGUGGAGGAGGCCAUGACGAAAGCUCUGAUGAGGAAUUGCCCAAAGUGUCAGAAAGCCUUCAUAAAGGAGUAUGGCUGUAACAAGAUGACGUGUCCCUAUUGCCGUACACUGUCCUGCUAUAUCUGCCGGCAGAUCAUAACGGGAUACGAGCACUUUGCCCACCCGCCCCCUUACACUGGUCGUCAAGAUUCCAAUAAAUGUGCGCUCUGGGACCCGGUCGAGAAGCGACACAGUGACGAGGUAAGCCGCCUUCUCUUCCCAUCUGAAACACAAACCAGACCCCUUUCAUCCUGUAGGUUGCAGAAGCGCGGAAGAAAGCCAUCGAACAAACCAAGCUCGCCAAUCCCGACGUCGACGAGAAAGACCUACAAGUCGACCUUCCCCCGCCCCCGCCUGCAGCCGCGGCCGCCGCACCAGCUGGCCUGCCAGUUUACCACCAUGUCCCGCUACCCGCUCGUAUCCCUCCACCGCCACCUCUGCCCCGGGCUUUGUUGA